UCAACAUAACAAAGUUUCGCGCGUUGUUUAUGGAAUGCGGAACGUGUUUUCCCGUAAAUAUCGUUCCUGAAAUAUUAUUUUGCACAGUUUUAUUUACAUAUUUAAUUAAGCUUGGUAAUGUGCCCUUAAUAACAAAUUCACAGAAAUAUUCUAUUCUUAAAAUGUGAUAAAAACAAAUCGUUUUCAAUAGUAUUCAUAAUGAGCUCAGGGAAUGUAAGACAAGAUAAUUUUGAACCUAAUUCGUUUGUUCGGAAAGCGACGAAAGGUAAAAUGUCUGAGGACAGUGCAGAAAAUUUAACAGUUAAAAAACGGCCUAAGCCAAACAGCAAAAGCGAAGACAGCAAGCCUAGUAAAACUGGAAAAACGACUGAAGUAGAAACUGAUCCUGCUGUAUUGCAGAGACGACAAAAACAAAUUGAUUAUGGAAAGAAUACUGUUGGAUAUCAUAAUUAUAUUAAGGAAGUACCCAUAGAAACACGGGGAAAAGAAGAUCCAAAAACGCCUGAUAAAUAUACAAAAUACAGUCGUAGGUCAUGGGAUGCACAAAUUAAAUUAUGGAGGAUCAAAUUACACAAGUAUGAUCCAAAUGCAACUAGCAAGACUGAAGAUGUUGAAUCAAUUAAAUGUGAAUAUGAUUAUGAAUCUGAUUGAAUGUUCAUUCUGUACUACUGUUAAUUUCCACUACCCAAACACUUAUAUGAAAACUUAUUGUUAUAUCUAUUUUUAAAACAAAAUGAAAGGAAGUAGGCCUUUGGCAGUAGAAACUAUUAGACUGUAUGCCAACAAGAGUAUUUGUGUAAUGUAAGCAUGAAUUUUUUCAGUUCCAAAAGAUUUAUGAAAAAAAAUG